GACACAACCUUCGUGACCACCCAAGUACAGCGUGAACUCGGUAUCAAGAGUGUUGAAAGUAGUUUAGAUUUAAGCACGAUGCUUGGUUGACAGAGGAUAGCAGUUGAAAGAAUUGAUGGCUUGAUUGUUCAGCAACUUGACAAACGCACCGAAGUUGACCAAAACCGUGAACAACUGGCCACACCUUAAAAGGAUCCAAGGCAAAAUUCCUCCGUAUGAUGAAGACAGAUAUUGGCCUGCUAAUCGGUUGCAACUGCCCCAAAGCGAUCACAUCAACAGAAGUCAUUCGGGGUAAAGGAGAAGAACCUUACGCUGUUCGAACCUUGCUAGGUUGGAGUAUCAUGGGACCAGUUGCCACAUCAGACAACCCUCGAGAUGGCCACGCCCUAGAUUCCACCUGUCAUCGUACCUUGACAAGAGAGGUUAUUUCUGGAGCAAGUGACAGCGCUAACCAGUUGAGUUUCAUCCUCCACAGAAAAACAAAGGAGGUCAUAAACCCAUCAGCAAUUAAUCAGAUGUUCGAGCUCAAUUUCUUGGAACACAAAAACAAAUCGAAGCAUGGUCUAUCCAAAGAAGACAGAAAGUUUAUUCAAAUAGCAGAAAAGGGAAUUCAACAUUGCAAUGAUGGCCAUUAUGAGCUCCCACUACCCUGGAAGUAUGAAACCAUUGAGCUUCCAAACAACAAGACAGUAGCGCUUCGCAGACUAAAUCAGCUAAAAAGAAGGUUCGUGGGUAGAAACGGCCAGAAAUACUACACGGAUUACUUGGAAUUUAUGAAGAAAUUGAUGAAGAAUGGAUACGCUGAGAGGGUACCAAAGAUGUCUGAAUCGGAACAUGCAUCCCAUGGUCAAGUUCAAGAACAAGCGAACGUUUGGUACAUUCCACACCACGGAGUCUAUCAUCCUAAGAAGCCCAAUAAGAUUUGUUUUCGAUUGUGCUGCCGAGUACGAAAGUGAAUCGCUAAACAAGCAUCUCAUUCAAGGCCCCAACUUGACAAACAAUUUGACAGGAGUGCUUUGCAGGUUUCGACAAGAGCCAAUGGCUUUCAUGUGUGACAUAGAGACCAUGUUUCACCAAGAAAAAGUGAGUGAAGAAUUCAGAGACUUGUUGCGCUUUCUCUGGUGGGAAGAUGGCGACCUAACCAAAGAACCAAAAGAGUACUGAAUGAGUGUACACUUGUUUGGAGCCACCUCGUCCCCAGGCUGCGCAAAUUUUGCUUUGAAGUCUACGGCCAAUGAUUUUGAAGAAGAAUUUGGAGCUAGCGCCGCAGAUUUCGUUCGUAAGGACUUCUACAUUGACUACGGUUUGAAGUCUGUUCCCUUGGUAGACGACA